AUGAUGAUGGACAGUGGUCUUAUGAAUUUUGGCCAUAGUAGUUUGAAAAAUAGUUUGGCUACGUUGGCUACAACAUUAAUUAUUCAAAAAUUUCAAAUGAAUAGUUGUUAUUAUGGUUUAUUCUAUGGUUUGAUGAUUGCACUCGUUGGAUACAUUAUUGAAAAUCAAAUAAAUAUUUCAUCAUUCAAUUUAUUAUCAAUUUCCCUAUUAUUUGUUUUUGUUCUAAUAUUUGUUGUUGGUCUGUUAUGUUUAUUCGGUCUUAAAAAGUAUUUUGAUAAAUGUUCAAAAAGUGUUUAUAUUAAUAUUUAUGAUGAAAAUGAAAUAAAUAAAUUUCGUUCAUACAUGGAUUAUAAUCCCGAUUAUUAUGAAAAAGAAUACAAUUUAGAUGUUGGUGAUAGUGAUUUAAUUGCUCAAUAUUCAUCAUUAAGUAGACUUGAUGUAUCUUCAUCGAACACGUUCAUAUUGUCAAAAAUGAAAUCAUCUAGUAUUGAUGCACCUUUAUAUUUUGAUGAUAAAUAUUUAAAAAUAAAAGGUUAUUUAAAAUGGUGUAAAUCUGUUAAACAAACAGAAAAAAUGGAUUCAAUAACACAGAAAUCAAUACAACAACAGUUUCAUAUUAAAUAUCUUGAAUUAAGAAUAUUAAAAAAUCGAAGUGAAGAUAAAAUUGAUGUUUUAUCAAUAAUGAAUAAAGUUACAGAUUAUGUAAGAAUGAAAAAUAAAGAUUCGGUUCAAUUAACAUAUAUUAAAGUAAUGAAAGAUAGUAAAGGUGAAUUACAAUCGCAUUGUGUCAUAUAUUAUGAUCAAAAACGAAUCGAUUUUAAACAAAGAGAGACACUGUAUAUGUCAACAUUUUUUCAUCAAAAAAAAGAUCAAUUAUGGGAAUUGAUUAAAAAUAUUGAUCAAAAUCCACAAUUAUUUGAAUCAAUUGGAUGUGCAGCAAGACAAAAUCUCUUGUUUUAUGGUCCACCAGGAACAGGAAAAUCAAAUUUUAUUUAUCGUAUGGCUAUUUGCCUUGAACGACAUAUUGUUAGUUUAGAUCUGCGCGAUUAUACAAAUAAAUUAGACGUUUAUAAAAAUAUUCAAAAACCAAAUGUCGUUAAUUAUGAUUAUGCAGCAUCUGGUCAUGGUUCAUCUAUCAUUUUAUUAGAAGAAUUUGAUAUGUCGGUUACACAUUUAUAUAACAAACAAUUUAAAGACGAUGAUAAAGUAAUUUCAACGCCAGCAACAUCAACAACUGACGCUAAACAAGUAUUAGUAGUACCACCACCAAAUCUCAAUCCAUUUACAUUAAGAGAUUUAUUAGAGAUAUUUCAAGGUCCUAUUCCAUUUCAUGGUAUGCUGAUUAUGGCUACCACCAAUAAAUAUGAUGAUAUUAAAGUAAUGUUACCAGAAUUAUUUCGUGCUGGUCGUUUAACACCUGUUUAUUUUGGUUAUAUAACAAAAGAUAUUCUACAAGAAAUGUGUGAAUAUUAUUUUAAACAACGACUCAUUGAUUUAUAUUUGCCAGAAAUUAUUCGUAUUCCAACAUCAGAAAUUAUUGAAUUAGUAAUGAAAUCAAUUUUAAAACAAACAAUUGAAGAAAAAUUUCAAUUUUUUCAAAAAGAAUUAAUUGAACUCAUUGACAAUAUUGCAUGA